CCCAACCCUUUCCGACAAGCCAGCCUAAGGGCCAGGCCAGGCCCCGCCCCUCGAGAGGCUCCAGCGGUCGGGCUCCGCCCCACGGGGCGCUCCAAUAACCCUCGGGUCGUCCAACGGCCGGGUCCAACCCCGCGUGCGUGCGCGGCCCCGCGGAGACGUGCAGGCGCCCGCGUCGUCCGAGGCUGAGGUGGCAGCGGCCCUGCGAAUAUGGAGCUACCGCAGAUGCCGGAGUUGAUGGGGCUGUCGCUCUUGCUCGGGCUGCUGGCGCUGAUGGCGACGGCGGCGGUAGCGCGGGGGUGGCUGCGCGCGGAGGAGGAGACGUGCGGCCGGUCCGCCGGCCAAAAAGCAAAUGGAUUUCCACUUGACAAGUCCUUGAAAUCCAAGAAGCAGAAACAGAAUCAGCGGAUUCGCAAGGAGAAGCCUCAGAAACACAACUUCACUCACCGCCUCCUGGCAGCAGCACUGAAGAGCCACAGUGGGAACAUAUCUUGCAUGGACUUUAGCAGCAAUGGCAAGUACCUAGCUACCUGUGCAGAUGAUCGCACUGUCCGCAUCUGGAGCACCAAGGAUUUCCUGCAGCGGGAGCACCGCAGCAUGAGAGCCAAUGUGGAGUUGGACCAUGCCACCCUGGUGCGCUUCAGCCCUGACUGCAGAGCCUUCAUCGUCUGGCUGGCCAAUGGAGACACCCUCCGGGUCUUCAAGAUGGCCAAGAAAGAGGAUGGGGGCUAUACCUUUACGGCCACCCCAAAGGAUUUUCCUAAAAAGCACAAGGCACCCAUCAUCAACAUUGGCAUUGCCGACACAGGGAAGUUCAUCAUGACCGCUUCCAGUGACACAACUAUCCUCAUCUGGAAUCUGAAAGGUCAGGUGCUGUCUACCAUCAACACCAACCAGAUGAACAAUACACAUGCUGCUAUAUCCCCUUGUAGCAGGUUUGUGGCCUCGUGUGGUUUCACCCCAGAUGUAAAAGUUUGGGAAGUCUGCUUUGGGAAAAAAGGGGAUUUCCAGGAAGUUGUGCGAGCCUUUGAACUGAAGGGCCACUCGGCAGCUGUCCACUUCUUUGCUUUCUCCAGUGACUCACGGAGGAUGGCUUCUGUCUCCAAGGAUGGUACAUGGAAACUGUGGGACACCGAUGUGGAAUACAAGCAGCAGCAGGACCCCUACUUGCUGAGGACAGGCUGCUUUCAAGGGGCGAGCACCAUGCCAUGCCGCCUGGCACUCUCCCCUGAUGCCCAGGUGUUGGCCUUGGCCAGUGGCAGCAGUAUUCAUCUCUACAAUACCCGGCGGGGUGAGGAGGAGGAGUGCUUCGAGCAGGUCCAUGGGGAGUGUAUCACUGACUUGUCCUUUGACAUUACGGGCCGGCUUCUGGCCUCGUGUGGGGACCGGGCAGUGCGACUUUUCCACAACACCCCUGGCCACCGGGCAGUCGUGGAGGAAAUGCAGGGCCUCCUGAAGCGGGCCUCCAAUGACAGCACCCGCCAGAGGCUGCAGCAGCAGCUGAGCCAAGCACGGGAGGCCCUGAAGAGCCUGGGUGCCCUGAAGAAAUGACUCUGGGAGGGUGUGGCUGGAAGGAGCUGGCCUGCUCCACCUUCCUUCCCAGGUGUUCCCCGCAGGAACCAUUUUGGAAAGGCUAUCCUCAUGUUCUUAAUGGUGGCCCAUCUCUCCCUUUCCCCAUUGAAAUUAUUCUUGCCUACUUAGA